GGCCCAAGAAAGUAAAGUGAAAAAAACGAUUAGUGGGGAAGACGGCAUCAGAAGCAGCAGCAGCGAAGGAGAUGGCGCGUAGCAUCACGUACAUCACCAGCUCUCAGCUUCUCCCGCUCAUCCGCCGCCCUAACAUCGCCAUCAUCGACGUCAGGGAUGACGAGAGGAGCCACGACGGCCAUAUUGCGGGAUCCUUACACUAUGCGAGCGAUACGUUUAUGGAUAAAUUACCAAAUCUCGUUGAAGCUACCAAAGGCAAGGAUACUCUCGUUUUCCACUGCGCUCUAAGCCAGGUUCGAGGACCCAAAUGUGCUCGAAGGUUUGCUGAGUAUGUUGCUGAUGCGGAAGAUUUGGGAGUGAAAGAUAUAGUAGUUCUCGAGCGUGGAUAUAAUGGUUGGGAAUCUUCGGGUAGGCCUGUUUGCCGCUGCAACAAUGUUCCCUGCAAGGGUGGUGAGUCAAAACCCUAAUGCUUCUAUGAAGAUAGGUGGCUGCAAGAAAAUAAUUUUUGCUAUAGCCCUUAUGAUGGGACAAGUGCAUUGAUAUUGAAUUACAAGUAAUGGUGUGAGGAAUUUUCUGCAAUACUUAUUUAAUUCGUUAUGUUUAAUGGUAUAUUUUCUUGUUGUAUGUUACUGCCAUGUAUAUUGACCAGACUUCAAAGAACGAAACGUGAAAAAUAAACUUCUGGGAUAGAUUGCUGGAUUCA